AUGCCACCCAAACCAGCCACCCCAGAUGACAGCAGUCGCCAGCCUGCCACAGCCUCACAUUCGCGAGACUCUUCGAAUGCAAGCGCCCGCCAUGCUCAUGCGCCUGCCACGCCCAGCCAGCUCCGACAGGCCCAUGUGCCCUCGGACCCGUCCACUUCGCCAGACGAGGCCAUGCACCGCCGACACUACUACGACGAUGAUGAAGAGCCUCUUGCCGAGGCCAGUGACACUUUGCCUCAUCUCGACUUUGGCGUUGGCGGCAUACAACCCACAGCAGAUGCCCUGUCUGCGCACUCGAUCCACGAGAAUGUUGGCCCGUCGGGCGGUAUCAUAGAAAUCGACCUCGAACCCACUGUGCGCACUCGCCUGCUGAACCACCAACAACACGACGCCGGCGCUGGAAGGCCAGCGACACAUCGCAGCUAUGGUAGCUUUGCGGGUAGCGUUCACUCGGAGCAGAGCUUCGGUGGCGCCUUUCCUGGCAUACGCGAGACGCUCGAGAGCGACGCACCAGACGCCGCACAUGCGCUGCUGGGCGACGCUAUUGCCGACAGCGUCACCAACAAGGCCAGCGGCGGACAGAUGAGCACCACGCGAUGGCUUGCCGAACGCCAUGGCAUCAAGAACAAGCGCAUGAUGUACCUCAGGUACUACAUACCCAUUCUCAACUGGACGCAGCAGUACAAAUGGCGCUACUUGAAGGGCGAUCUUGUCGCGGCUAUCACCAUGGCCUCCUUCUACAUUCCCAUGGCUCUUUCGUAUGCCUCGAAUCUCGCUCAUCUGCCCCCCGUACACGGUCUCUACAGCUUCGCCUUCAACCCGCUCAUCUACGCCAUACUGGGCACCUGUCCACAGAUGGUCGUAGGUCCAGAAGCACCGGGCUCGCUCCUCGUCGGCGAAAUUGUGCGUGAGAACAUCAAAAAGGGCACUACAGACGACAACGACGGCAGGCGCAAUGCUGAGAUUGCUGGUAUUGUCACGUGCAUGGCCGGCGCAUUCAUUCUUAUUGGCGGCUUCUUCAGGCUUGGCUUUUUGGAUAAUGUCCUGAGCAGACCCUUCUUGCGUGGCUUCAUCAGCGCUAUUGGUGUGGUCAUCUUCAUCGACCAACUCAUCCCUCAGAUGGGAUUGGCAAGGCUUGCUGCUGACCAAGUAUCUCACGGAAGCUGCUUGGACAAAUUUCUAUUUCUCGUCCGCAAUGUUGGCAAUGCUCAUGGUCUUACAUGUGCCGUAUCUUUUACUGCGUUUGCUAUUAUUAUGUUCUUCAGAGAGUUCAAGAAGCGACUGCAGCCACGUUACCCCAAUGUCGCAUAUAUCCCGGACCGCUUUGCAGUCGUUGUGCUUGCUACCAUUGUCACCUGGAGAUAUCGACUUGAUGAGCAAGGGCUUGCGGUCCUUGGCGAAGUAAACUCGAGUGCGAAGCUCUUCUCAGUCCACUUUCCCUUUGACACAUCGCAUCUGAAGUAUGUAUCGGACGCCAUCAACACGGCCCUUAUCAUUGCUAUGCUGGGUUUCUUUGAGUCAUCUGUCGCAGCGAAAUCCCUAGGCAGCGGCGAGCAGAACAAAGAAGGGGUGCAGAUGCCACUCAGUGCAAACCGGGAGCUCAUCGCACUGGGUACUGCCAACAUCACUGGUGGCCUCUUCAUGGCUCUUCCGGCUUUUGGUGGUUAUGGCCGGUCCAAAGUCAAUGCGUCGACUGGUGGUUUGACACCCAUGAGUUCUGUUUUGCUGUCCAUCAUUACCAUUCUGUGCACUGUAUUCAUGCUGCCUUACUUUUACUACUUGCCAAAGGGCGUGCUUUGCGCCAUGGUUUCGGUUGUUGCAUACUCACUUGUUGAGGAAGCACCGCACGACAUCAAGUUCUUCUUGAAGAUUCAAGGCUGGUCUGAACUGAUUCUCAUGGGCCUCAUCUUCUUCAUCACCAUCAUCUGGGAUCUGAAGCGCGGUAUCGGCGUUGGCAUUGGCCUGUCCAUCCUGCGCCUCAUCCGCCAUUCGGUGCGCCCACGGAUUCAGAUCCUCGGCCGCGUGCCUGGGACGACCAACCAGUUCUCCAACGCAGAGCAUGCUCCGGGAGACGUUGAAUUCAUUGAGGGAUGUCUAAUUGUCAAGAUUCCAGAACCCCUGACUUUUGCCAAUACAGGCAACCUCAAGACGCGUCUUCGGCGCCUAGAAGACCACGGCACUGCUAGAGCGCACCCAGCCUUGCCGCGGGUUCGAGAUGCGGAAAACAACAAGAACAUUAUUUUCGAUGUACAUGGCGUUACGUCGCUUGACGGAGCUGGCGCUCAGGUGCUUGCUGAGAUUGUAGAGUCAUAUAGAAACCGCGGAGUUCGAGUGUUUUUCUGCAGAGUGCCCAGAGAGUCGAGUGCGGUUUACAAGCUCUUUGGCAAGAGCGGCAUUAUCGAAAUGUGUGGCGGGAAAAGACACUUUGUACACAGCGUCGAGGAGGCACUUCGUAUGACGGAGACGGAGCGUUUAACGGAGGAAUGGGGAAGUUCCGCGGAGAGCUCCCGCGCGGUUUCCAGCCGGGCGUGA